AUGAGCUUGUUACGUUUGAUAACAAAAGAACAAAGACGACGAGCAACGAGUUAUCAUCUUUGGGACGCGGAGAAGAACCUGCGAGCCCUGGAGGACAGCAGCUCUUGGUACGUGGACGCGACCUUCUCCUCUUCUCCUCAGCUCUUCUACCAACUCCUCACCAUUCACGCUGAGAUGGUAAACUUCAACGAGGACGCUACCUGGGUCUUCCCUUGCAUCUACAUCCUCCUCACCCACAAGGAUACCCCCAUCUACAAGAAAGCCUUCGAAGCCCUCGACAGUCUUGGCAACUUCUCUCCAGACAACAUCAUGGUGGACUACGAGCUAGCUCUCCGGAAUGCCUUAUCUGCCAUCUUCCCUUCCGCACAAGUUGACGGCUGCUACUUUCAUCUGUGUCAAGCGGUGAUGCGGGCUGUCCAGCGACUUGGCUACAAGGAGCAGUACGAGCGAGUUACGACCUGGAACGCUUACGAUCGGACCCACUUCCACAUGAACAGAACGAACAACUUCGUGGAGUCCUGGAACAAGAAGUUCUCCACUAUCCUUGGACACUCCAACCCCACCAUCUACAACUUCAUCACAGCACUUCAGAUGGAGCAGAGUUCAACAGAUGGGAAGCACGCAGCCUACCUGGUCGGAGAGAACCCAACGAAGAGGAAGAAAGCUCACAGCGACAAGGACAUGAGGAUUCACCGCAUCGUGUAGAACUACCACUCUUACGAAGAUGAU